AUGAGUCAAAAAGUAGAACAUGAUAAGAUUGAAGAAGAUGAGGAGUCUCCGGUGGAGGAGGUUCGGCUAACGGUUCCUAAUACCGACGAUCCAACUCUUCCGGUUUAUACCUUCAGGAUGUGGUUUUUGGGGAUAAUAUCUUGCGUUUUGCUUUCAUUUCUCAAUACGUUUUUCGGUUAUAGAACUGAACCGCUUCUCAUCACAAUGGUGUCGGUUCAGGUUGCUACGCUUCCGAUUGGACGAUUUAUGGCCAAUGUGCUUCCGAAAUGGAAGGUUAGUAUUGGAUCGUGGACGUUUUCGCUUAAUCCCGGUCCAUUCAACGUGAAAGAGCAUGUUUUGAUUUCUAUAUUUGCUAAUGCUGGCUCUGGAUUCGGGAGUGGUGCGGCAUAUGCGGUUAGUAUUGUGGAUAUUAUUAAGGCAUUUUAUCACAGGGAAAUCACCUUCAUAGCUAGUUGGAUUCUCGUCAUCACUACUCAGGUUCUCGGCUAUGGUUGGGCCGGAUUGCUAAGACAGUACGUGGUGGAUCCUGCUCAUAUGUGGUGGCCUUCUACACUCGUUCAAGUUUCAUUGUUCAGGGCUCUUCAUGAAAAAGACAACAACCGAAUGACACGAGGAAAGUUCUUCAUGAUCGCACUAGUCUGUAGCUUCUCAUGGUAUAUUUUCCCAGGUUACCUCUUCCCAACAUUAUCAAACUUAUCAUUACUCUGUUGGGCAUUCUCAAAAAACGUAACCGCCCAGCAGCUUGGCUCCGGCAUGAGAGGACUUGGCCUCGGCUCAUUCACGCUCGAUUGGUCCGUCAUCGCUUCCUACCUGGGCAGCCCCCUCGUCUCCCCCUUCUCCACAAUUGCCAACGUUUUCGUUGGUUACGUUAUCCUAAUUUACGGUGCCAUUCCGAUUGCUUAUUGGGGAACAAACCUUUACAAUGCAAGGACUUUCCCCCUCUUCUCGUCUCAUCUCUUCACUUACGACGGCCAAUCCUAUGAUGUAAACUCUAUUGUUAACGACCAGUUUAAGAUUGACAUCCCGGCUUAUGAGAGACAGGGACAGCUCCACCUUAGCAUGUUCUUUGCUUUGAGUUAUGGCGUUGGCUUUGCUUCUGUUGUCGCUACCCUCACACACGUGGGUUUGUUCAAUGGCAAGGAGAUAUGGGGUAGAUUCAGAAAGACAUACGAAAAGAAGAUGGACAUUCACACGAGGUUAAUGAAAAACUACAAGGACGUACCUGGUUGGUGGUUCUACCUGGUUCUUGUGGUGGCAAUGGUUUUAGCGCUGUUUCUAUGUAUCUACAUGAAUGAUCAAGUUCAGAUGCCAUGGUGGGGACUUAUCCUUGCCUGUGGGCUCGCCCUCUCCUUCACCCUUCCCAUCAGCGUCAUCACCGCCACCACCAAUAUAACGCCAGGAUUGAAUGUGAUCACGGAGUACUUGAUGGGUGUUAUAUUGCCAGGGAAUCCCAUUGCAAACGUAUGUUUUAAGACAUAUGGUUACAUUAGCAUGAGCCAGGCCGUGUCUUUCCUGAAUGAUUUCAAGCUUGGGCAUUACAUGAAGAUUCCACCAAGGUCCAUGUUCUUAGUUCAGCUUAUUGGGACUGUGUUGGCUGGAACGAUAAACAUUGCAACGGCAUGGUGGCUAUUGACAACGGUGGAAAACAUAUGCCAAGACAACUUGCUUCCAGCAAACAGUCCUUGGACAUGCCCGGGGGAUAGGGUAUUCUACGACGCGUCUGUGAUCUGGGGGCUGGUGGGUCCAAUAAGGAUAUUCGGUAAAUCAGGAAACUAUAGCGCAUUGAACUGGUUUUUCCUUGGGGGAAUUCUGUCUCCUGCUCUGUUUUGGAUGCUUCACAAACUAUUCCCUAGUCAGAAAUGGAUAGAGAAAAUCAACCUACCCGUGAUCCUGGGCACUGUUGGGAUCAUGCCUCCGGCAACUACAUUGAAUUUCAACAGUUGGAUCGUAGUGGGGGCGGUUUUCCAGUUCUUUGUAUUUAGGUACAGGAAGAAGUGGUGGCAGAAGUACAAUUACGUAUUGUCGGCUGCAUUGGAUGCCGGAUUGGCUUUCAUGGGAGUGUUGCUUUACUUUACAUUGAGUAUGGAACAUAAAGGCCUCGACUGGUGGGGAACCGCCGGUGAACAUUGCGAUUUGGCUGACUGUCCAACUGCAAAAGGCAUUCACGUUGAUGGUUGCCCUUUCAUCCAACUUAAUUAG